GUUGAAAUCUUAGAGGAUAAAAGGCGUAGAGCGUGUGCAUUCCAGGGCAAGCCAGCCAAGAAUCCAGGAGCAGCCACCACCAUGGACCAGAAGUCUCUCUGGGCAGGAUCUGCCUACAAACUUGUGUGCUAUUUUACCAACUGGUCCCAGGACAGACAGGAACCAGGGAAAUUCACACCUGAGAAUAUCGACCCUUUCCUGUGCUCUCAUCUCAUCUACUCAUUCGCCAGCAUCAGUAACAACAAGGUCAUCAUCAAUGACAAGAAUGAAGCCAUGCUUUACCAGACCAUCAACAGCCUCAAAACCAAGAAUCCCAAACUGAAAAUUCUCUUGUCCGUUGGAGGAUACCUGUUUGGCUCCAAAGGGUUCCACCCCAUGGUUGAUUCUUCUACAACACGCUUGGAAUUUAUUAACUCUGUAAUCCUGUUUCUGAGGAGCCAUAACUUGGAUGGACUGGAUGUAAGCUGGAUCUAUCCAGAUCGGAAAGACAACACUCAGUUCGCUAUGCUGAUUCAUGAGUUGGCAGAAGCCUUUCAGAAGGACUCUGUUAAAUCCACCAAGGAAAGGCUUCUCUUGACUUCAGGUGUUUCUGCAGGGAGGCAAAUGAUUGAUAACAGCUAUCAGAUCAAGAAACUGGCAGACGAUCUGGAUUUCAUCAAUCUCCUGUCUUUUGACUUCCAUGGGUCUUGGGAAAAGCCUCUCGUCACUGGUCACAACAGCCCUCUGAGAAAAGGGCAGCUGGACAGAGGGACAAGCUCUUACUAUAAUGUGGAGUAUGCUGUGGGCUACUGGAUACAUAAGGGAAUGCCUGCAGAGAAAGUAAUCAUGGGAAUCCCUACAUAUGGACACUCCUUCACACUGGCUUCUGCAAACACUGCCAUAGGAGCUCCUGCCUCUAGUUCUGGAGCUGCUGGUCCCAUCACCAAGUCUCCAGGCGACCUGGCCUAUUACGAGAUCUGCCAGUUCUUGCAAGGAGCCAAAAUCACCAGGCUCCAGGAUCAGCAGGUCCCCUAUGCGGUCAAGGGGAACCAGUGGGUGGGCUAUGAUGAUGUGGAGAGUGUAGAAACCAAGGUUCAGUUUCUAAAGAAUUUAAACCUUGGAGGGGCCAUGAUUUGGUCUAUUGAUCAGGAUGACUUCACUGGCAAAUCCUGCAACAAAGGCCCCUAUCCACUUGUCCAAGCUGUCAAGAGAAACCUUGGCUCCUUAUGAAGG